GGGCAGGAGCACAGGGCAGGACUCCUGGGUCCGGUCCCAGGCUCAGCCAUUGAUUCCUCUCCCCCCGACCUGACAUGUCCCUCUGUGCCUCAGUUUCCCCACAUGGAUGGGGGUGCCCCUAGCUGUUGGCUUCUCGUUUACUUACCCGUUUGGCUUCCCUGAGGCACCAAGGGAGCAGGGAUGAAACCUGGGGGCAGUGGAGUGUAGGAAGUGCUCCCCCCCCCAAUGCCCUGGCUCCUGCCCACACUGCCCUGGUGUUGCUAGGCCCUGCUCAGUCACAAUGGCGAGGUUGCCUGUCACUUGUUCCCAGGCAGGAAGCUGCCCUGCCCUCCCUAGGCACAUUAACAAGCCUGGUCCUGCUACCUGGUUCCAGGCCCACAGCAGGUAGCUGCUGGGGACCUACCAACCCCCUGGGUGUGGGGCUGAGCCAGGCCCCGGGGCUGAGCCAGGCCCCCAGCACCUGCCAGCUUGGCCUGCAGCAUGCAGCCACCUCUGGGGGGGACCAGGCCCAGAGCCUCUGGAGAGACUAGGGUGGAGGAAACAUACCCAGCUCUGAGCAUGCAGCAGCUGAACUGCCACAUAGAACAGGCUGGAACGAUGAGUACAAUAGACCCAGGUGUUGCAGGGGGACUGAGGCCUUUUCUGGCUCUGGGAUAUGCGGUCCCAGGAGAAGGCACUGGAGGGUCCCCGGCAGCUGGCAUGGGGGAAGUGGUAAAAGCUUUCCUCUGCCCCAGGAAAGGGGGGGGGGGAAGGCCCAUUUCCGGGGCAUUGGAAGAACCCGCUGGGGCCCGUUCCUCAGCUCUGAGUCAGCUGGGCAUGGCAGCUCCACCCGCAUUCCAGUGCCUGGUGCCGGGACCCCCCUGCGCUGGCUUCUACCUACCCCUGAGGGCACAAGGAAUCUGGGAGAGCAUCCUGGGGGGGAGGAGCCAUCUUUGGGGUCCAGGGAGCCUGGGAGGGGGUGCAAGGGUGGUCUGGAAUCUGGGGUGGGGGACUGGUGUCCUGCGGGGGUGCAGUUUCCGUCUGGUGCGGCAGCUGGGCUGGGACCCAGGUGCCCUCCCUGCAGCCUCUGUCCCCCCCCCAACCCAACAGGUGUCACCCGUGGGUGCUGGUGCUGGCCGUGGUCCCCCUGCCCCUGCCCUCAUGCCGUUGGGCCUUGGGCGCCGGAAGAAGCCCCCCCCGCUGGUGGAGAACGAGGAGGCAGAGGUGGGGGGUGCGGGGCCAGGUGGGGGGGAUGGGGCAGGGGGUCCCGGAGGGCUGGGGGCCCUGCAGCCUGGCCUGCCUCCCCCGCCUGCUGGCCUGCGACCCCGCCUGGUCUUCCACACACAACUGGCACACGGCAGCCCCACAGGCCGCAUUGAGGGCUUCACCAAUGUGCGCGAGCUCUACGGCAAGAUCGCUGAGGCCUUCCACAUCCCCCCCACUGAGGUGAUGUUCUGCACCCUCAACACACACAAGGUGGACAUGGAGAAGCUGUUGGGGGGGCAGAUUGGCCUGGAGGAUUUCAUCUUUGCCCACACACGGGGGCAGCGCAAAGAAGUCGAGGUGCUCAAGGCUGAGGACGCUCUGGGGCUCACCAUCACUGACAAUGGGGCCGGCUAUGCCUUCAUCAAGCGCAUCAAGGAGGGCAGCGUGAUUGACCGCAUCCCCCUCAUCGGUGUGGGUGACAUGAUUGAAGCCAUUGAUGGGCGCAGCCUGCUUGGUGCCCGCCACUAUGAGGUGGCCAAGAUGCUCAAGGAGCUGCCCACGGGCCGGCGCUUCACUCUGCACCUUACUGAGCCCCUCAAGGCCUUUGAUAUGAUUGGGCAGCGGUCAUCAGGUGCCCGGCACGGGAGCAGUGCUCAGCUGGGCACAGGCAGGGGCACCCUCCGUUUGCGUGCCAAGGGGCCAGCCACCGUGGAGGAGCAGCCAUCAGCAUUUGAGGAACGGGCCAUCGAGAAGGUAGACGACCUGCUGGAGAGCUACAUGGGCAUCCGUGACACAGAGCUGGCAGCCACGAUGGUGGAGCUGGGCCGGGAUGCACGGAACCCGGACGAGCUGGCCCAGGCCCUGGAUGCGCAGCUCGGUGACUUCGCCUUCCCUGACGAGUUUGUCUUCGAUGUGUGGGGGGCCAUCGGUGAUGCCAAGGCUGGGCGUGGCUAGGAGGGGGUGGGGGGGCAGGAGGCACUGGCAGCCAGGAGCAGGCUGGGACCAGUCCCCAAAGCGGGGCAUC